AUGGCGCGCAUCCCCGAAGACCUGGACGCUCAGUUCAUGAACCCUGGGCGUCCUGCACCGGCCCCGCCCACGGACAAACCGCGAUACAAUGCAAUGCCAUCCGUCGUGGGCAUUCCUGGGAAUGCGUCGCGCACCAAUCUCUCCUCCAUAGACUCUCCAUUCCGACAUACUGACACCUCUUCAACAUUUUCGCGCAGUACGACCAACUCCUCUAACAACGACACUAUGCCAACAGGUGGAGUGUCAAUCAUCAAACAAGGGCCCGCUAAAGUGAAAGAUUCGUGGACAUUCAAACAGCGAUGGCUCAUCUUGAGAGCCUUCGCGCUUGACUUCCACAAGAGUAAGGAUGGAAAAGUAGUCGCUACUAUUGCUUUGAAAGACGUUAUCUCAGUGAGUCGAAGCGAAAGUAGUAAGUUUUGCUUUGAAAUUAUCAAAAUUGCGAAGCCGAGUGAAAAUGCAUCGCGUGAACCUCUAUCAGUCAGGCGCGAUCUGCCUUCGAAGACUAUCAUCGUUCAAUUGGAAGCAGAAGACGAGAUAUAUCAGUGGACCGACGCUAUAUACGAUCGCUGUCCAGGUAUGGGUGGGGUCUCAAACCCUACAAACUUCACUCACCGAGUCCAUGUUGGGUUCGAUCCAGUCAGCGGGAGCUUUACCGGGCUUCCAGAUGAAUGGGCCAGGCUGCUCAAUCAAUCGACUCUUACAAAAGAAGACAUCAAGAGAAACCCACAAGCUCUUCUCGAGGUCCUCCAAUUUUAUAGCAAUGAAGUAGAGCCUGGCAAGGGCAAGGUUGGGUCAAUGCCUCCAUUAUCAUUGAAGGACAAGCAGGAAAUGUUCCAUGGAUCAGGCGCCGCGGUCGUUCCACCCCGCCCCCCUCCACCUGUAUCAUACAAUUCUCAGCAGCGCUCACCACAAUCUUCACCCAAUUCCCGUACUGUCACACCAACCAAUGGCCAACAGAGGAAUGUAUCUAACCCGGAUCGCAUGCCAGAUCAAAGCUCGAAGCUUGGUAUGGACCAGUACACGCGCACAGUUAUGGAAGCUGAAGCUCGCCGUAUUCGAGAGACUCAAGAGCAGAGACAGCGCGAUCGACAGAAAGCAGAGGAAGAACAGAACCGUCGAGAUCAAGAAGCGUAUGAAGCAGCAAUUCCAAAGGCGCGUACUCCCAUGGCAAAGCAGGAGAUCGGUGGUGGUUUCGCUGCAACCAAUGAGGAACGCGCUGACAAUAGAUACAACCCUGUCCGCACCGCACCAUCCGCCCCAGGGAAUGACCGUCACCGUCAACCCCCUCAAGGCUCUCUGCGUGGUCCCUCUGCCCAACGCCAGGCACCUCAUCCACCAACGCAGCCAAAUGGUCCUAGUCCAGCUCAAGCUCUGCCACGUCCACCAUAUGCUCAAAAGCAGCCUGCCUCACGUGAGCAGUCUCCGACUGCCGAGGGUUCACUUCGCGCACCCGCUAAAGCUGAGCAAUAUCGUCAACCUGGGCCCAGCAGCCGUCCACCACCUAGUCGCGGAGAAGCCGAGCGCAAGGAUGCUCUCCCAGCAAACCAUUACGGUAACGGACCAACUUCCAAACUUCCUGUCCGUCCCCAGCAGCCGAAGGCUCCUACUGCUCAACAGCCAGCUCCUCUCCAUAUCAAGCAACCUACUGGAGCUCCUGCUACUUCUAAUGACCCAUACAAGCAAGCAGAGACUGCUUUGACCACUAAACCAAGUGGCCAUCAGCGCCAAAAGGAAGUUCGUAUGUCUAACAUGAGCGAAUCUCAGGUCAUGGAGAAACUGAAGCAGGUUGUCUCUAAAGAUGAUCCUUCAGCCUCAUACAGCAAACAGAAGAAAAUUGGACAGGGUGCUUCAGGCUCUGUCUAUGUUGCUAAGAUUGUUGACAAUGCAAUUUCCCCAGUCGCCCGUCGUCUUCAUCGUGAUUAUGGCCCUCGAACACAAGUUGCGAUUAAGCAAAUGGACCUUCGCAACCAACCUCGAAAGGAAUUGAUCGUCAACGAGAUCAUUGUCAUGAAGGAGAGCCACCACCCCAAUAUCGUCAAUUUCUUGGACUCUUUCCUUCAAGAAUCUAAUAACGAGCUCUGGGUUGUCAUGGAGUUCAUGGAGGGCGGUGCGCUUACUGAUGUGAUUGACAAUAAUCAAACUGUCACGGAAUCCCAGAUUGCGACCAUCUGCAAAGAGACAUGCCAGGGCUUAGCCCAUCUCCAUGCUCAAAGUAUCAUUCACCGUGAUAUCAAAUCUGACAACGUUCUACUCGAUGCACGUGGUAGCGUCAAAAUCACCGACUUCGGUUUCUGUGCCAAAUUGACCGACCAGAAAGCCAAACGAGCUACAAUGGUCGGUACUCCUUACUGGAUGGCCCCAGAAGUCGUGAAACAGAAGGAAUACGAUAGCAAAGUAGACAUUUGGUCCCUAGGAAUCAUGGCUAUCGAAAUGAUCGAGUCUGAGCCCCCAUAUCUGAAUGAAGAACCACUCAAGGCGCUGUUUCUCAUUGCAACAAAUGGCACGCCUACUCUCAAGAAUCCAGAUCAAUUGAGCCUUGACGCAAAACGAUUCCUCAGCCAGUGCCUAACGGUCGAUGUCAGCAAACGUUCCACAGCAGACGACAUCCUCCGCUGCGAAUUCCUCACACAUCGCACGUCCAGCACCCAGUCUCUUGUGGAGCUGCUGAAAUUCAGAACCGCUCGCUAA